CUAUGCGUCGGCACGAUCGCGCACCACCACUCCGGGAUCGGCGGGGGCAGCUUCGCGCUAGUCCGUCUCCCCUCCGGAGCGACGCACUUCGUGGACUUCCGGGAGGCGGCGCCGGCGGGGGCUACCGGGGAUAUGUUCCUGGCUCCCAACAGCAGCUCGCUUGUCGGAGGGCUGGCGGCAGCGGUGCCCGGCGAGCUCAGAGGGCUCGAGGAGUUAUCGCGGCGCUGGGGAAGGCUGAAGUGGGAGCAGCUGUUUCGGCCCGCGAUUAAGUAUGCGGAGGGUGGGUUCACGGUCAAUAUGGAUCUGGAUGCGGCGGGGAAUACGACUGCAUACCCGUUCUUGCUGCGGGAUGGGGCGUGGCGGAGGGAUUGGGCGCCCGGGGGGAAGAGGGUUGGGGUGGGCGAGGUGAUGUAUCGCAAAAGAUAUGCGAGAACGCUCAGGGCUAUCGCUAAGGGCGGCGCGGAUGUGUUCUAUAAGGGAGCUAUGGCGAGACGUACGGUGCGUGAGGUGCGGAGGCGCGGCGGGAUACUGACGGUGCGGGAUUUGGAGGGGUAUCGCGUUAAGCAUCGGAGGGUCAAUACUGCGCAUUAUAGGGGAUAUAAGUUGUCUGCGGGCAGUGCGCCGUCGAGUGGCGCGGUCGUGCUGAGUGCGCUGAAGAUUUUCGAGGGCUGGAACGGAACGGGGGACAGAGGGCUGGAAACACAUCGACUCGUUGAGGGAAUCAAGUUUGCGUAUGGCCAGCGGACACAGCUGGGGGAUCCAGAUUUCGUGGACGGCCUGGAGAAGUUCCAGAGGCAGAUGGUGAGUGAGGAGGUCGCAGCGGGGGUUAGGACACAAAUUCGAGAUGACGCAGUGCUACCGAAUAUUUCGUAUUACAAUCCGGAGGGAAUGGCCAGUCCGACACCGAAGGGAGGAACGUCCCAUAUCGCGACGCUGGACGCAGAGGGAAUGGCCGUUUCUCUCACCAGUACGAUCAACACCUUCUUCGGCAGCCAAGUGAUGACACCCUCCGACGGGAUCAUAAUGAACAACCAAAUGGACGACUUCAGCACUCCGGGCAGCUCCAACUUCUUCGGGUUCCUGCCCACACCCAACAACUACAUCCGACCGUUCAAACGCCCACUAUCCUCUGUAUCCACCGUGAUCGUCGAGACCCCCGACGGGCAGGUGUACUUUGUUAUCGGUGCCGCCGGCGGUAGUCGCAUAAUCACGGCGACGGUGCAAAAUGUGUGGCGCGUCCUCGAGAAAGGCCUAGAUGCUCGCGCGGCGCUGUCGUCUCCCCGUCUGCACGACCAGCUCUGGCCCAAUCUGACCAGCUUCGAGGUCGGCUACGAUUCCGCCGUGGUGGCGGACAUGGCGCGGCGCGGACACAACGUAACGUUCGUCCCCGCGCGCCCGGGAAUAGCCUCCGCCCAGGGCGUUAUGCGGUGCGCGGACGGAACAUUGCAGGCUGUUGGAGAGCCGAGGCAGUGGGGGAGUGGCGGGUUCGUGUGCGCGGCUUGAUCCAUGAUUGUAGUAGAUAUGGACCGGAUAUUGUGGUGGUGAUGGUGGUGGGUGAGAACAGGUGACUUGCAGGCUAGAGGUUGAGAUAGAGUUCGAGUUAGAGUUUUGACGGGACUGCUUGCUCUACAUAUCUACCGGUAUAUGUACGAUCUCCGUCUCCAUGGCCUUGCUCUAGCUGCCGUCGGCGUGCCAGUACGCACAUAUGUAGGUACCGGUAUGUAGGCACAUUCCUAAGUAUAUCUAUAGUUUGGUGAGGGGCAGGGAGGGAGGAAAAAAAACGACUGGUGUUGGUUCCUUCGGAGGCCGGAUGUCGAUGCUUCCGGUGCCGUCGAUACCGUAUCGCCCGGCGAAGAUCGAUCGGUGCGUGCUUACCAACCAACCAACCAACCAAGGAAGCGAAAACGUUAACCGCGUUAAAGUUGCAUGCGCAGCGAGCGAUGGAAGGGAAGGGGUCUUUUUGCCCAUCGCAGACCGGUACCAGGCUGUGGG